CAUCGUGUAAGUGACUGCGAUGCACUCAUGCGCGUGGAGCUGCCUCUUCCCGCCCUCUCCUGCUUCGCCGAUGAAACCUACGGGGUUUGUUCGCCUCCCCGCUCCGCGUUUAAAUCGUUUGACAUGCGUCCCCUAAUCUGCUCACCUCUUCUUUGGAACUGUUCAACUGAGGCCAGCUCGUGCGAAACUUGGGACGGAAAGAGACAUCUGGCAAACAUCUGGCGCCAUGCUCAUCACUAGCAUCUCGUCCCUCGCGGUGUGGUCUGCCGGGGCUUUCGUCGCCUGGUACGUCGUCACAGCUUUGAUAAGCUUGUACCGAACGCGACACAUCCCCGGCCCGUUCUUGGCCCGCUUCUCCUACGUCUGGCAUCUCUACAAGUUCGCCCUCAACGGGCACGGCGGGCCGCUGUACGAAGACCUCCACAACCGGUACGCCGAUGGCGGGCCCUUGGUCCAGAUUGCGCCUGGCUACGUCGUCACCAACGACCCCGACAUCCUGCGGCGCAUCUCGGCGCCGCGGAGCCAGUACCCCCGCCACGAAUGGUGGCGGGGCGGCCGCUUCCACCCGGAUUACGAAAAUAUCGCCUGCCUCAUCGACACGGGGGAACAUGACGCCAUGAAGGCCAAAACAGCCAGCGGAUACAGCGGCCGCGAGGUCGGCUCCGACUUUGAGGUCGCCAUUGACGAGCAAGCCCUUGCGCUGAUGUCCCUCAUCCGUCGCAAAUACCUCUCCGUGGCCGACAAUAUCAACGCCAUCGACUUCUCCGUCCUCACGCGCUACUUCACUCUCGACGUCAUCACCCGACUUGGCUACGGCAAAGCUUUCGGCCAUCUCGACAACGGCGAAGAUGUGGUUGGCUACAUUGAAGGCGUCGACGACGUCAUGAAAUUUAUGGCCAUUGUCCUCGACGUGCCUCUUAUCCGCCGGCUCGUCUUCACCCCCAUCGGCCUGCGUUUUCUCGGCCCCAAGGCAACAGACCGCACCGGCCCCGGCCGCGUGCAGGGCGUCAUCCACAAGAUCGUGUCGGAGCGCUUCGAGGAGAAGAACAAGUCCAAGACGUGGAACGACAUGGUCGGCGGCUUCAUGCGCAACGGCCUCACCCAGCACCAGAUCGAAGGCGAAGCCAACCUGCAGAUCCUCGCCGGCUCCGACACCACUUCCAACGCUCUUUGCAGCGCCAUCCUCCACCUCGCCACCAGCCCGCGCGCAUAUUCCAAGUUCAAGGCCGUCAUCCGCGACGCCAUCGCCUCGGGUCUCGUCGCCCCCGAUAAGCCCAUCACCUUCAAGGCGGCGCUCGAACUCCCCUACCUUCAGGCCGUCAUCUGGGAAGCCCUGCGCAUGCGGUUUCCGGCCAACUACGGCCAUUACAAGAAGGUACCCCCGGGGGGUGACACCAUCGAUGGCAUCUUCCUCCCCGGCGGAACGGCCAUAGGCCAUAAUUCCAUGGCGGCGACGCGCAACGCAAAGGUGUUUGGCAAGGAUGUGCAUGUGUUCCGGCCGGAGCGGUUCAUGGAGCCCGAGUGUGAUGCCGAGUUGAAGGCGUAUCGGACCAGGAGCGUGGAUAUCCUGUUUGGUGGGGGGAGGUGGAUGUGCAGUGGGAAGCAGAUUGCUAUGUUUGAGCUGAAUAAGGUUAUUUUUGAGUUGAUGAGGCAGUUUGACUUUCAGGUUGCGAAUCAUCAGAGGCCGUGGUCGGAGCUCCACUAUGGGUUGCCGAGGUUUGUGGAUAGUUAUGUCAAGAUUACGGAGGCGGAUGCGAGCAUGUCAUGAUGAGAGGAAGGAGGAUAAGGUUAUAUGUGGACUGAACAUAGGGUUUCUAUUUGGAGAUUGACUCAUGACCUGGAGGGACGCACGUGAAACUACAUGUAUUGACUGGAAUAGCAUAUGGGAGCAUAUAUCGGGGCAACAAGUAGCUUAGGUACGAACUGAAUCAGAAUGACAUAUUGCAACAGGUCAAAAA